AUGGCAGCGUCCCUUCCCUCGCCCGUAGACGUAGAAAUGGCCGAGGCUGGCCCUUCAACAGCUUCUAGUCUUUCUCCUCCUCCGGAACCAGAUUCAGACUACGAAGACGUCGACGAAAAAGAGGACUCGCCAAAUCAUCAACUCACAUCACUGGAGAAAAUAAGCAUCUCGUCACCUCUCAACGGCAUCGAAUUAACAAAAAUGGCAAGACGAUCGGAGCGUAAAACGAACAAACCCAAGACCGUUCUCGUGGCAACUCCUAAGAAGCCCGUAAAGAGGAAGAUUGUCACGAAAGUAUCGUCAGCGAGAAAAGCACCCAAGUGGACAACAGAGAAGCUCUUGACUGACCCAAAGUCACCCCUCGCUAAUGCGGAUCUGAGGUCAAUUCUCUGUCAGCCUGCUGCAUGGGACAUCCUCACCAAGGAAGAACGUGCAGAAAUUAUCGCACUCUUUCCCGCCGGCACCCGCAUCCUGGACGAAGGUACUGACGAUGCGCGUCCUGACUUCGAUGCCCUUCGCAACGACAAUAACUUCCGCCACGACUGUGCUACAUACACGGACAAUAUUGCCCUGGGCAAGCAUGACCCUGAGUGGCUCGAGGAAGCAUGGGCUGCACGGGACCGCCGUAGGGCAGGCGACUUUGACGACUACCUCGUGCAGAAGUUUGAGGAAGAAUGGAGUUGUGAAUUACCGGAAGAAUUUAAACCGAAGCGGGACAGUGGGGUGUCAGCGGCGGUGACUGAAAAAGAGGUUCAAGAGGUGGCCAAGGAGGUUAAUGAGGAUGCUGAGUCAAGCAACGAGGUCAAGAACCACUCCGAGGAGCCAGCCACGGAACUUAAUGGCACUAUAGAGGGCGAGGAUGCCUUGGGAACAUUGGAUAAGGAACCCAAGGUGGACGAGGAGACUCAUGCUGCAAACGAACCGGUCAUUCAGCUGGGAUCACCAGUUCCUGAGGAUAAUGAGGAGUUUACACUGGAGAUCGAGGUGAAGACAGACGUGGAGAAUCCCGCCGCAGCUAAAAGCCAGAAGACGAAGAAUAACUCCCCCUGA